AUGGCGGGGCUGUCGCGGCGGGGCGCGUCUCCGGGCCGCAGGCGGCCGCAGGCGCCGCGCACGGUGGUGGCGUGGCGGGGCCGGGCCGAGUGGGACCAGGUGAUGGUGGGGCUGUACUGUGGCGACAGCCGCCUGCAGCAGGAAGCGCUGGACCGCGUCUCGGCCUGGAAGAGCCGAUAUGGUCCCAAAAUGCCUCUCGCAGUGGAUUGCACCGCUGAACUGAUUCGUUGCAAGGUCUUGGAUUCGUCUGGCAGAUUGAAGUCGCAUGAGCUCAUCCUCUCUUACGGACUGGCUCUGGUCAGGUUUGUCAACUUGAUCACAGAAAGGAAACAGAAAAUGGUCAGCAUUCCUCUGAGACAAUUAGCCAGAGAGGUGGACAUCCCCAUCUGGGUGGUGGAUCUUCGUCACGAGCUGACCCACGGGAAGCUGCCGCGGCUGGCGCUGUGCCGCAAGGGUUGUGAUGUUGUGCUGGACUGGCUGCGCAAGACGUAUUGGAGCCGUCAGCUGGGCAAUACUUUAUGUGAAGAAAGUGAGGAUGAGGAUGAAGAAGAGGAGCAGGAAGAGGUGGAAGUAAAUGCAGAGCUGGACAAUGAUGCGUGGGAGAUUCCAACCCCGCAGCAUGAGGCCUGUCAGAAACACAAGGAAUUCCAUGAAAAAGUCAGAGAUGUGCUGAUGUCCUACAAGAAUGAGCGAUUUCGGGCUAUGCAGGCUGUGCAGUCUGUUUCAAAGUCUCGAGAGCUGUGGUCUGAUUCCUCUUCAGAAGUGGACUGGAUUUUGGCUCAAAUUAAAGACCUGAUGCAAGAGAACAGGGAGACAGUGGCUCAAGCUCUUCUCAGUGAUGGCUUUCUCAUCCCAAAAAUGGAUUGUCUGAAGAUGCUAAAUAUCAAGUAUGAAGCCAGUAAAGAAGUAUGUCAGUUCAGAAUUCCCCAGACAUUUUACUGCUUCUGGCAGCCUUUGCUGACAGGCCUCCUUUCCCGAAGUUUUACACAGAUCCUGAUAGAAAAAAUGUUUAUGGAGUUGAAGGAAUGUUCUGACUCUUCAGAACUCCGUCCUCAGUUCUUGAUCAACUGGAUUUCUGAGUUGCUGACUGGCAUUGCCAAAGCAAAUGCUGGGAAGAAAAGACAGACCUGUAACAAACCGGUGUCCGUGAAGGAGUUGUUUCUCCAUAAAGUUCCUUUGCAGUGGAUAAGACUGACUGAUAAUUGCUUGGAAGCUCCCUGCUGGGCAACCCCACACCUUCUUCAGCUGAUCCUCUCAAUCAUGAGACCUCGCUUGCCACGUUCUUCACGCAAGAACCUUCUCUAUCUCGCUUCUGUUUACACAGAAGGAAGUGGCCCUUUGUCCAGUGCAGGCCUCUCUUCAGACUGCAGUGAACAGCCAAUUUACACUAUAGAGAGCUUACAGUGGAGGGCCAGGCAAGAAAAUCAGGUUAAAAGUCAAGGUCAGACUGUAGAGAAACAAGAAGAUGUGCUGGAGAGACAUGAUGGUAUGGAGGAGGUAGAGGAGGAGGAAGAAGAGAUGGUAACUGAAACAAGUCCUUCCGAAGGACUUACUCAUUCUCGUAACAUGGUGGCUAUUGCUGAGAAAAGGGCAGCACUGCAAGGAUCUCCCUGGCAGAUCACUGCAGAUGAAGUACGAUGGAAAGACUUUCCUCUUGGGAAGCUCCCAGGUCAGACAGAUGACCCUGAUGGUCUCAUGUUGGAUAAUUAUUCCAUGAUGUCCCUGCUUGAUCAGCCAGUGAGAGAUGAGUGGAAGUCUCCCAAUAUGAACUCUGCAGAACUGAAUAUGCCUGUGACAGGAGGAUUGUUAUGGACUCAGAAUGACUUCCAUAAAAUAAAAAGUGGCCUUCAGCUUUUCUGACACAGCAGAGUGCUCUGUGACUUUCAGUAUUGCACAAGAUAAGUGGCAUAGAAGAACGAGUAAUGGUGAUGGGGAAAUAGCCACUCCAGUGUUGUGGAGCUUUAUACUCACUUAUUGUAGCAGUAUAAAGUUGAACUGUUUUAAAGCUUCUGUCUCACACAAGCAAAAUUAUCUGCACACACAGUUGCAAAAAGGUCAUGCUUGUCUGCUUAUACAAUACCUCCGGGGUCCUCCAACUUCCUUGGAGGCAGAAAAAUGAGUGAAACCAGUUCUGGAAAGGGCCAAGUGAUAUGUGAAGUUGUGCAAAGAUCAGGGGUGAGAAAGACUGAAAGCUUAUCAGCCUUCAUCCCCCAAAGACCAUCACCACUAUCCCUGGGAGACAUGGCACAAAAUGAAAGGAAGAGAAGACCCAAUUUAAGUGGGAAAGCAGGGACAGGUUGUGUCUUUGUCUAGGCGGAUAAUGUCAUCAUAUGAUCUUGUAAUGCAAGUAGCUGGGCAGUUUGUGGUGGAGUGGAACAAACAUACCUUCUUUAUGACUCUUGGAGUUACAGAGUCUGUUUCCCCACAUCACCAGGAUAUAUUCUUUUCCAUGAAGAUUUACUUAUUUUUUUUACCAUGUAAAGUCAGUGUUUUAUAAAGGUGGGGUGUGGUUUAAGUUCCAUGUAUAGUAACCAUUGUCUUGUUUAACCACUAUGAUGGCCUUUAAGUUCUAGUUGAUAUUUGCCAAAUACAGUUAAAAGUACAGUGGAAUUCUUCAGUGUUCCAUUAUCAUAUUUAAUAAAUACAACUGGCUGAAGGCAAACCUUCUUCGUGGAUUCUUUUUUCCCCCCGUUUUCAUUCAUGUAUUCUGGAAAGCAUCCUCUGGUCCUUGUUAGGCAGGUUAUUGAGCCUUUCCUAUCUCAGUGCCACUCAUAUUGUCCUGAACGAGUUGGCAGGAUUUUGCCAGGACAAGACUGUACUACUGUUUUCAUCCAGCUAGGUUUUCACGUGAAGCUUCAGGGAUGCAGCCUAGUUACAGCAUGGCUGAAUGUACUGAGAUCCAUAAACACCCCUGAAAAUCUUUUUCCUCACCCUUUUUUAAAAGUGAUAAGUCUUGAGGUCACUACUAUCUCAAGUCAAGUUUUCUGCUUGAUGUUGUUUCUAUUUGUGAUUUUGCCAAGGUUGAUAACUAAUACUUAGGUCUUUGCUGAGAGCUGGUGUGAUUGGUGCAGAAAUGAGCUUGAGUAUCUUGUUGGAAAGUUGUUGAGAAAAAGGACUUCUAGCUAGUUUUUCCCUCAGUUCCGUUUUCUUUACCUAGAGGCCUCUGCAAUUACCUGUCAAAAAAUAGGAUUGUAAGCAUAUAUUUAUUGCAGUAUGUACAAACUAAACAGAACCAGCAACAUGUUGGCACAGCAGGGUAAAGUGGAAUCUUUUCAGUUGUUUAGAGCUACUUCUGCUAAUAUUCUGUAGAGAGAUACAAGAAAGAGACCACUUCAGCAGUACAUGGCAUCCCAUUCAAUCCCAUGGAUUGAAUCCAUGGAUGCUUUGGGCUUGCUCUUAAGUAAAGACUCAGUUAAACAUCCAUUGUGUA